UGGGUAGCGAGAGGCCCACUCCGGGGCCCCCUCCCGGGUUCCCAAUGCUCGCUCCGGGGCCCCCUCCCGGGUUCCCAAUGCUCGCUCCGGGGCCCCCUCCCGGGUUCCCAAUGCUCGCUCCGGGGCCCCCUCCCGGGUUCCCAAUGCUCGCUCCGGGGCCCCCUCCCGGGUUCCCAAUGCUCGCUCCGGGGCCCCCUCCCGGGUUCCCAAUGCUCGCUCCGGGGCCCCCUCCCGGGCUCCCAAUGCUCGCUCCGGGGCCCCUCAGCUGGGCCCGUGGUGCAGGCGACGGCGUCAGGGGAGCGGUGGCGAGGACCUCCCCCCCCCUCUCCGUGCCGAGACCAGGAGGGAACCACGAGGACCUCCCCCCCCCUCUCUCCGUACCGAGACCAGGACGGACCCACGAGGACCCCCCCCCCCUCUCUCCGUACCGAGACCAGGAGGGACCGACGCUUUACCCUACCACCAUCGUCAGCUACGAUCUCGCCACUGCACUGAAGGCCGAGUCGCUCCUCGCUGCCCCCACUCCGCUCCCCGCGGACCUCCCCUCGGGUUCCGCGUUCCGAUUCACUUCAAACCCCUGAAGACUCCGGCGGUCGUCCACCCUCCACGGCGCUUCUGUAAAACCGCACCGGAGCGAACCACGCGCGGCGGCCCGCAGCGGUCGGGAUGCCGGGUCCGGCGCUGCGCGCGUUCGUGGGCCUGGGCCGGCUGCUGGCCGCGCUGGCCCUGCUGUGCGAGCG